UGGGUGCCUCCCCAUGGGGAGGGAUGCUGGGGUCUGGCAGGUCAAUUGUUCCUCCAGGAUGUAGAUUUUGGCUCCGAAGAGCCGGUUUUCCCCCCAGGGCAGAAGUUCAAAGUCCACGCUGCUUCGUGCCGGGAGAUGGAAGUGAGGGAAAGGAGGAAAUGGCGAUUCCUGUUCAUGUUCGUGAUCGACACAGCAGACUGCUCAGCGUGACCUCCCAACUGGCCGCAGAGGGACGCAGGCACAAACACACUCACACACACAUACAUAUAUUUAUAGCCACGCUCUCAGCAACUCAUUUUGUCCAAGUUCCCGAAGAUGUUGCUCUUCAUCUUGCUUUCACUCUUCAACUUCAACCCAUCUCUGAGCCUAAAAAUCUGCUCCUUCAAUGUAAGGUCUUUUGGAGAAACAAAAAUAGCCCGACCUGAAGUCGUCGAUGCCGUGGUGAAGAUCGUUUCUCGCUGUGACAUCAUGCUGCUGAUGGAAAUAAAGGAGAACAAGAACCGGGUUUGUCCUCUCCUGGUGCAGAAGCUCACCAGUCAGCUGAAGGGGUCAAAGGAGGAGUACAGCUGCGUGGUCAGCGAGAGGCUGGGAAGGAAGAGCUACAAGGAGCAGUACGCCUUCAUCUACAGACAUCCUCUGGUAUCGGUGAAACAAACCUACCAGUACCCUGACACCCAGCCUGGGGACGAGGAUGCCUUCUCCAGAGAGCCCUUCGCCGUCUGGUUCCAGUCUCCAAAAACCGCUGUCAAAGAGUUUGCUAUAAUCCCUCUGCACACCACACCGGAGACAGCAGUACGGGAGAUUGAUGAGCUCUAUGAUGUGUACUUAGAUGUAAAACAGCGCUGGAAAACCGAGAACUUCAUCUUCAUGGGGGACUUUAAUGCUGGAUGUAGCUACGUUCCACAAAAGCAGUGGAAGAACAUCCGGCUGAGGAUUUACUCCGAAUUCGUCUGGCUAAUCGGCGACAAAAAUGACACGACAGUGAAGAGAAGCACAAGCUGCCCGUAUGACAGGAUCGUGGUCAGCGGGGAGAAGCUCGUCCAUGCCGUCGUGCCACACUCUGUCAACAUCUUUGAUUUCCAGGAGGACUUUCAGAUGACCGAGGAGCAGGCGCUGGGGGUGAGCGACCACUUCCCUGUAGAGUUUGAGCUAAAAGCAAAAGGCGGCUUCUUCAACUGGCUGAAAUCACAGUUUUCAAGGAAGAGGAGACCAAGGAAGAGCCGCCGCUUGAGCUCAUGAGCAUGCUGAGGCCUCUCACGUGCCGUGGAAAUACAUGGUUGCCAACAGACCUCGUAGAAGACUAGUGGAGAUAUAUUCAGAGCAAGUGCAAUAUUUAGUGGAAAAAAACACAAAUAUUUUGUUAAAGUUCAAAUAUUUGGGGUAAGAAGGUAAAUCAAACCUUUGGCUUAUUUUCCUCAUUGUACGCAAAGAUAUAUCAGCUAGAAGCAGCAUACCGUACUUACUGUACUGAUCACUAAUGCAAGGAGCUCCUGCGAGGGUAAAACACUUCUGUGUGCUUUAUCUGUAUCUGAAGGGCAGCGAUCCCGCGCAUCACCUGGGCCCUGGAGCUCUGCCGUUCCUUUGCAGGGGCAGGGGGAUUAAAGAGACCUUCCUGCAUCACGGGUGUCUGUGUGGAUGCUUCAGAGCUGCAGCCGGCGGGACACGGGUCUGUGCCUGGCGAUUUGCCGCGUGAAAUGUUGCCGAACUUGGGAGCGUUCGACGGGUGUGGGUUUGAAACUGCCCACAGGAUCGAGGGCUUGGGGAAAGAGAGAAAGAAAAGACAGAGGGAGAGGCAGCGAGAGCCCCUUUUCUGCAGUAACCCAUCCGGAGACGGGCGGUGUUCCCAGCCCUGCCUGCCAGCCGCCGCCACCCUGCCUGCCACCCUCAGGCGACAAGUCCCGCGGGACCCAGGUGACAGCGCUGCCAACAGAGAGCGUCAGCAAAACUUAAAUUAAAAUCUGAUUUCAGCAUCCCGACGUGGAAGUGAGCUGCA